AUGUCGGAAGAAACUUCUGUGGGCCCUUUAGAGUUUAGAGAUGGCUCAUUUCAAGAAGAGAGACGAAAUGUACAUAGGGAGUUAGAAAGUUUGGAAGCAGAAUCGCUAUCAGAAUCGCUACCCGAAGGAUUCAAUGUUGAAAAGAACUAUACCACCAAGCGACACCUACGAGAUGUUUACACUAAGACAAGCGGAAUAAUGCCGGUAUUUCUAUCGAUAGUCAGUGGAUCAAUUUGGGGAGUCCUUGGUAGAAAAGGAUUAAUGGUACUUACAACAUAUAACGGUUCGUUUCUCUCUGGUGUAAUAUGGGCCAACUUCGCUGCUUGUGUUGUUAUGGGCAUGGCAGUCGAUAGUGUCAACUUAUGGAGAGAGCUAGUUGAUUCGAGGGUUUAUGUCAACAAGGGUUUAAUUGGUGUAUAUGUAGGUGUCACGACGGGAUUUUGUGGAACUCUCUCUUCGUUUUCGUCAGUAAUACUAGAAGCGUUCAAUAAGUCGGCUGACACUUUACCAGGCGAUGAAUAUUAUUAUCCAAACUCAGCAUAUGGAAUAAUGGAAUUUUUGGCGGUGAUAAUAGCUCAUAUGUGUUUAUCAUUGACGGGCUUUCAGAUAGGUAAGCACCUCAUUGAUUUAAUUGACCCUAUUUUGCCGAUACUAAGUAAGAGAGUUUAUAGGACUUUGGAAAUCGUAUGGAUAUCUCUUGGUUUGGCUGCAUUCAUUAUCAUUGUUGUGUUAAUCGGUGUUAAAUCAGAUGGAUCUUGGAGAUCGUGGACGUUUUCGUGUUUUUUUGCUCCGUUUGGCGCGUUAUCUCGCUUCUUCCUCUCAAAAUACUUAAACCCUAAGGUUAAGAACUUUCCAUUUGGUACUUUUACCGCCAAUUUGUGGGGUUCUUUACUUCUAGCGGUAUUUACUUUAUUGGGAAGAGGAAAGCUACCUGGUAAUACGCAAUCUCAAAUCGUGACCAAUGUUCUAAACUGUCAUGUUUUAACUGGUUUAGAUGAUGGCUUUUGUGGAGCACUAACAACUGUUAGUACUUUUGUUGUUGAAUUAUUCGGUUUGAAUACCCUGCAUUCGUAUAGAUACGGUUUUUAUUCGAUUGCAAGCAGUUAUGCUGUGACAAUCCUAGUUUUGGGUACCUAUAAUUGGGCUGUUGGGCUCACUAACCCUGUCUGCUAA